AUGCUCCGAGGGAACGGGGCCGUCGUCGUCCCCGCCAGGGACAGGAGGCAGGAGUACGGGGCGUUCACGGACAAGCUGGUGCAACUGGCGAACCUCCCCUUCCUCUUCCUCUGCGUGCCACAGAUUCUGAAGAACAUGAGCUUCCUGCGCAGCGGCGACACAGCGGCAAUGUUCGUCCUGUCCUGGGUCGGGUGCUCCACGGCGUGGCUUGGGAACGCGCUCCUGCUCUCGUACUUCGCGUCGCGCUCCGAGAAGAGCGCCAUGGGCGUCCAGGCCAUCGGGAUGGUGUCCAACGCGGCAGUGAUGGCCCAGCUCUACGCAGGCGGCGUCAUGCCCGGCCCCCAUAUGGCCGCUGUUCUGGCGGUGACUGCGGUGUCGCUCGUCGUCGCGCUGCCGUACUUCAUUGCGCAGCGAGUGCCGCAGUGGCUCGCGGCUGUGUCCAAGGCCUACAACGUCGCCGUCGGCCUCGCUGGCCUGUAUGUCAUUCCCCAGGCCCUCAUGAAGUCGCUGUCGUCCGUGUUCCCGAGCAUGUCCAUCGCCCCGCCCGUCGCGCUCCCGGCCGCCGUCCCGCCCGAGGCCCUGCCUGGCGUCGCUGGGGUCCUAGUGGGCCUGGCGGCAGUGGGCAUGCGCGGACCCAAGACGUCCCGGGCGGCCGCGUGGGCGGGGGUGUCGGGGGUGGUGGCGACGCUGCUGUUCGGCCUGCAGGGCUUCGCGCAGGUCCUGAACAACUUCCAGAAACCUGAGCUCCUGGUGGGGGUGUCGGUGGCGGGCGUCCUCCUCUGCAUCACGGGCAACAUGAUGAUGUUGCCGCGUGCGUAUUUCACCAAGGACGCGGUGUGGGCGACGGGGGCCACGUGGGGCGCGCUCGUGACGGGCUGGGGGCAGCUGCUGUCCAUGCACUGGGCCAACAUCAAGCACGGCCUCCUCGUGCUGUCCCCCCUGGCCUUCUUCGGACUCUCCACCGUGGUGUUCGGCGCCCUGGCCGCGAUCCUGGCGGCCACGUGGGCCACGCGCGGCGUCGACGAGCAGGCGUCGAAGCUGCCGGCCUGA